AUGAGUAUUCCUACUCCAAAUUCAGCAGACACGAUAUCGGCGCCACAAUCAACUGCAUCUAGACCAGCUACUCAAAGCCAACCAUCUCAACCACAACCAUCUCAAGAAAGGAAAGAGGCAAUUGUCCCCCGUGAUGUACGAUUGCUUCAUUUGAUAUUUGCAACUCAAGGAAUUCAAAAUUAUCAAGAUCAUGUUCCGUUACAAUUGAUGGAUUUCGCUCACAGAUAUACCAAAUCAAUUUUAAAAGAUGCACUUAUAUACAAUGAUCAUGCCAAACCAGCAAGUUCAAAUUUGAAUUCAAGUACCAACGCCACUGUCAAUACCGAUGACAUAAGGCUUGCUAUUGCUGCUAGAGGUAAUUACCAGUUCAAGCCAGUGCCACCCAAGGAACUAAUGUUGGAGUUGGCACAAGAAAGAAAUUCCAAGCCAUUGCCUCCAGUUAUACCGAAGUGGGGUUUGAACUUACCUCCUGAGAAGUACUGUUUGACGGCAAAGGAUUGGGAUAGUGUUUAUGACGAGCCGGAAAGUGAUGACAGAGACGGACAGAGGAAAAAGUCUAAACCUAACUAG